CAGGUGGCAGCCCUGGGGGGGACGGUAGUGCGUCACAGCCAGCUAGGUGUCAGGGAUGUCAUUUUCUCUGUGGUUCCAAGGUGCCGGCUCAGCUCGGUUUUCCAGAAUGUCGCCAAAGCGUCGGACAGUGGCCUCCUCUUUUUCUUCUUUUGCUUUUUGCUUUUAUUCUUCAGACAGCCGUUCCCGAGUUCAGGGCCUUCCACCGGUGCCUAGCCAGGCUGAUUCACAGUUUUCAUUUUCAUCGCACUUUGGGGACAAGAUUGGCUUUCUCCGCGUGACAAAUGACUCCGACUUCCUAGUCAAAGUGGCACUAUGAGGUUGCCGUUUAAAAGUGAAUUAUUGUAAAAAGGUCCAAUUACACUUGACUACGACAUAUGGACUCCCAAAGAUCUCCAAAGGAAACUGUCCUCAUUACAGGAGGAGGUGGCUAUUUUGGUUUCCGCCUUGGCUGUGCUCUAAAGCAGACGGGAGUCUGUGUGCUUCUGUUUGAUAUCAGCAGACCUGCUGAAGCCAUUCCAGAAGGAAUCCAGUUCGUAUGUGGAGAUAUCCGCCACCUCUCUGAUGUGGAGAAAGCCUUCCAGGGUGAGAACAUCACAUGUGUGUUCCAUAUCGCCUCUCAUGGUAUGUCUGGGCGGGAGCAGCUGAAUCAAAAGCUGAUUGAAGAAGUGAACGUGGGCGGCACGGACAACAUCCUCCAGGUCUGCCGGAGGAGAGGUGUGCCCAGGUUAAUUUACACAAGCACGUUCAAUGUCAUCUUUGGAGGUCAAGUCAUCAGAAACGGGGAUGAGUCUCUGCCUUACCUUCCUCUUCACCUGCACCCUGAUCACUAUUCUCGAACCAAAUCUAUCGCAGAGAAGAAGGUGCUGGAGGCGAACGGCUCAGCCCUGGAACGAGGCCAUGGGGUCCUAAGAACUUGUGCUCUGAGGCCAGCUGGCAUCUAUGGGCCAGGAGAACAAAGGCAUCUUCCCAGGAUAGUGAGCUAUGUCGAGAGGGGCCUGUUCAAGUUUGUGUACGGGGAUCCCCAGAGCCUGGUCGAGUUUGUCCAUGUGGAUAACUUGGUGCAGGCUCACAUUCUGGCCUCAGAGGCCCUGAAAGCUGACAAGGGCCAUGUUGCCUCUGGGCAGCCCUACUUCAUCUCAGAUGGCAGACCAGUGAACAACUUUGAGUUCUUCCGGCCAUUGGUUGAGGGCCUGGGCUACACUUUCCCAUCCAUCCGCCUGCCUCUGGCCCUCAUCUACUGCUUUGCUUUCCUGACAGAGAUGGCCCACUUCAUUUUGGGCCGACUCUACAACUUCCAGCCCUUCCUCACCCGCACUGAAGUUUAUAAAACUGGCGUCACACAUUACUUUAGCAUAGAGAAAGCCAAAAAGGAGCUAGGCUAUAAGGCUCAGCCAUUUGACCUGCAGGAAGUGGUAGAGUGGUUUAUAGCCCAUGGGCAUGGCAGAAGUUCUGGAAGUCGAGACUCAGAAUGUCUUGUUUGGGAUGUGCUGUUGAUCUUACUCUUGGUCAUAUCAGUUCUCACCUGGCUUCCUUCUUCUGUGAUUCUCUCAAUAUGAAGGAAGAGCUAGAAAUAGGAGCUGAUCACACUUGCUGGGAUGUUUUUCGAAACCACAGUUUAAAAAUACAUUUCAUGUUGUCUGGUGCCAUACUUGGCUUUUCAAAUUACCACUUUAAGAGUAGGCGGGGAGCAGGAGGGAGAAAUGGCCCAAACAAUGUAUGCACAUAUGAAUAAAUGAAUAAA